GCGUGCAGCUGUGGAAGCCAGCAGGUACUGUGCAGCGUUGCUCAAUCCCUUUCCCUUGUUUUCAGAACCUCAAGUGGAACUGACCACGGGCUCCCCAGAAGGAGGUAGAGCUACCCCUGCCGACUCUCAUCAAGCUCAGAAACAUCCUAGUAGAGACCUUCUCUCACCAAAAGAGGCGUUCGCGAUUGCCAAAGAUGCAGUGCAGAAGCUCCUGCGAGGACCACUUUCCGUCGAGCUGCCGACGCUGUACACAGACGACCUGCGUGCUCUGUUGG